AUGACACCGAUGCAGCAAGGCAGUGUGCUGGUUAUCACCGUGGUAUUCCUCGUCAUGGCAGUUAGCGCAGGUUACGUUGAUGUAUACACAGACGCAGACUACAAGGGCUACGUUGCACGUACCGAGGACGUAAGAGUUGAUUACUGCUACGUCUUGUGCGAGGAUUUGAACGACACAAUUUCUUCUGCAAAGUGGGAUGGACUUCCCGAGAAGACACCUACAGGAGAUGAUGCCAUGAUAUCGUUCUACGUUAACCGUGACUGCAAGAAGCAUAAUAUCUGGUGGCGCACCAAGACCCAGAGCGAUGAUGAUCUGUACUUUUCCUCAAAUUUCAAACUCGACAGGAUCAACGACCAGAUUUCAUACUUCAUGGUGUGGAGCACCAAGAAGGUUAAAGGGAUCGCCACUAUUCAGUGCAUUCAUGAGGAACUGGGCGCGAAAGAGGUACUCGAGCUGGUGAUUGACCACUUCUCCAUUCGCCUCCUGCUUCCAAUUGACAACGUCGUGGCAAUGCCCACCCUGCUCACUUUACUCCUCAUCACUACGAUCUUCAUUAACGCUGCAACUGCCGAGUUCUCGGCCGAAAUUACAUUCUACCGGGACAUCAACUACCGAUACAAUCUUGCGCUGUUUGAAUUCACCAAGUCGAAUCGCUGCUUCAACUUGGCCUGCGGCGACUACAAAAACGCGAUUUCUUCCGUGAAGUGGUCAGGACUCCCAACGUCGGCGUCAUACGACGGAUCCUCCAACGCGAAAGUGGUGUUCUACGUCAGCUCAAACUGCAGUGGUAAGAGCAAGAGUUACUCGACUUCACUGAGUGGUGUCAAAUCGUUUGUAGAUGAAGGUAUAAACGACGCCAUCUCCUCUUUCAUGGUACUGGAGUCGUCUGAAAGUGUCGAGAAUGGGAGCACUAGUCUGUGCUCGCUGUCGAGAGUUUUAAAUGUGGUCGCGAACGGAACAGCUGCCGAACAACGUUAAGCACUGCAUUUUCUUUCUUUGAGUUAAUGCGUAUCUAGCACAACAAAAAAUAGCAUUA